AUGACAACAGAGGUGCCUCUUCAAUCUUCAAAUCCGAUUAAGAUGGAUUAUAAUUCGACAUUAACUGACAAUGAUACCGUUACAUCUUCCGCCCCCAAUAAUUACACUGGGACAUGCAACGACAACAAUAACUCCUCUCAUGUUCCUCAAAUCCCAGUGGAAACCACCACCCUGGUCACUGCCGCCAUCUUCAUCAUUGUUUUUAUCGUGGGUCUCCUUGGAAACACACUGGUCAUUUACGUAGUGGUCCGGUACACCAAGAUGAAGACUGUUACCAACUUGUACAUCCUGAACCUGGCCCUGGCCGAUGAACUCUAUGUUUUUGGGAUCCCUUUUUUGUGCACUCAAAAUGUCCUGUCCUACUGGCCGUACGGGGAGUUCCUUUGUAAAGUCUACAUGACAGCUGACAUCAUGAGCCAGUUCACGUCCACGUUCUGCCUGACGAUGAUGAGCAUAGACCGAUACCUGGCCGUGGUUCACCCCAUGAAGAGCGCAAAGUGGAGAAGACCUCAGGUGGCAAAGAUACUCAAUGCUUUGAUGUGGGUCGUGUCCUUUAUCAUUGCGUUGCCGGUCACCAUUUUUUCCAACAUUCAAGACAGCUUCAACACCUGCAACGUCACCUGGCCCGAGCCGAUGGACCUGUGGUCCAACGUCUUCAUCCUCGUCACCUCCAUCUUGGGUUUCUUUGGUCCAGUGGUGGUGAUCUGCCUGUGCUACCUGCUUCUUGUCAUCAGGGUGAGGUCAGCAGGUGCAAGAGCUGGGCUGAAAAAGCGGAGAAAGUCAGAGCGUAAGGUGACCCGCAUGGUGGUGGUAAUUGUUGUAGUGUUUAUCCUGUGCUGGCUGCCAUUCUUUACCACCAACAUCGUCAACCUGUUUUAUACAAUCCCUGAGAGCAGCGCUAAUGUGGCUAUUUACUUCAUCCUGGUCAUUUUAACCUACGUCAACUCCUGCUCCAACCCCAUCCUCUAUGGCUUCCUGUCCGAAAACUUCAAGCAGAGUUUCCAGAAAGUGCUCUGUGUCCAUAAGUUCACCGAGGUCGUCAUGGUGGACCAAGCCCUCACACCGACCCUGGAUCGAACCAGGAUAACCCUAGUUUCAUCCGAAGGACAGGCAAAGAAUGGUACCAUGGCAAGUCAGUGUGUCCAAAUGGAGAGGAUCACUCAACCCAACAACAAACAACUGGAAUCCUCCAGGUUGUAA